AUGAGACUGAGAUAUAUGAUACACAAGGAGUUUGGUGACGGUGAAGUGAUGGACCGUUGUGGUGGUAAAUUUGGUACCUGGAAGAGUCGUGUCCAGUGCACUGUCCUUAUCUGCCUGAUGGCCCUAUCUCUGGUCGCCUCGGGUAUCACAGUUUACAAGACUGUAACUCCUGCAGCUGUACCAGAGAUGUGCUCUCAUCUUGUACAGUGA